GCGCUCCCAGAGGGGCGCUGCUCGGGAGCGCGCCGCACGGCUCCGCCCUGGCCCCUGAGGCUGGCAGCUCGGCGGUACCAGUCUGUCAGAUUUCAAGAUUUGCAAAAGGUACAGGUUUGGGAAGUUCUGAAGACUGAAAUUUGGUGACCUCAUAAAAUAGGGCCAGGGAAAGCGUAAUGAUUCCAUCUGAGCAUAUGAAGCUGUGUACAGCACAGCCUGCCAUCACUGCGAUUCAUGGCUCAAGUUAACAUUCUACAUGGUCUGAAAAACUGGAAGCCCAGGAAUUAGUACAAAGUUGACCCAGCACUGCCAUUACAGGACCUGUCCAGCAUUGGUGGGUGCUAAGGAUACAAAUUUUGCUCCUCACUCUUGCACAAAGAUCUGUUUGAAAUGUGGUGGUUCCAGCAAGGCCUCAGUUUCCUUCCAUCAGCCCUUGUAAUAUGGACAUUUUCUGCUUUCAUAUUUUCAUACAUUACUGCAAUAACACUCCAUCAUGUCGAUCCUGUACUGCCUUAUAUCAGUGAUACUGGUACAGUAGCUCCAGAAAAAUGCCUGUUUGGAGUAAUGCUAAAUAUUACUGCAGUUUUAGGCAUUGCUACCAUGUAUGUUCGUUAUAAACAAGUUCAUGCUCUGAAUCCUGAAGAGAAUCUUAUCAUCAAAUUAAACAAGGCUGGCCUUGUACUUGGAAUACUGAGUUGCUUAGGACUUUCUCUUGUGGCAAAUUUCCAGAAAACAACCCUGCUUAUCGCACAUUUAUGUGGAGCCAUACUUACCUUUGGUAUGGGUUCAUUAUAUAUGUUUGUUCAGACCAUCCUUUCCUACAAAAUGCAGCCCAAAAUUCACAGCAAACAAGUCUUCUGGAUCAGAUUCGUGUUGGGUAUCUGGUGUGGAGUAAGUGCAUUUAGCAUGCUGAUUUGCUCUUCAAUUUUGCACAGUGGUCAUUUUGGUAACGAUUUAGCACGGAAACUGCACUGGAACCCCGAGGACAAAGGCUAUGUGCUUCAUAUGGUCACUACUGCAGCAGAAUGGUCUAUGUCAUUUUCCUUCUUUGGUUUUUUCCUGACUUAUAUUCGUGACUUUCAGAAAAUUUCUUUACGCGUGGAAGCCAAUUUACAUGGAUUAACCCUCUAUGACACUGCUCCUUGCCCUGUUAGCAAUGAACGAACACCACUGCUUUCCAGAGAUUUUUAAUGAAAGAAUGAAACAUUUCUAUUAUGAUUAUGAUUCUCAGGGAUUGGAGAAAUGCUCACAAAGAUUGCUUAUUGUACUCGAAAGUUUUUAACCAGCUAAUCAAGGUUGAUGGUGACAUUAAUGAAGAGUGAUAAUCACAGGACAUGAAAUAAGCCAUUUGAUAAGUUAUCUUAAACUGUGUCAUCAAGAGGACUAUUGAAAAACACUUAUGCCUAUACUUUUUUAUCUCAGAAAAUAAAGCCAAAGGACUAUAGCAUUGUAGUUUUUUUUUUAACCUCAUUGAAGAGAAAUAGCUUGAAGUGUGUACCAAGUAGUCUGUGUAACCCAACCUUACACACUUCCUAGGUCAUGUAAAAACAUCAUUUGUUAGAAGCUCUUUUUUGAGUGACAUUGUCCAUGACCCAAAUCAUCCACGUCAUCAGAUCAUUCCAUUAGGUUUGAAAUUAAAGUUUUGCCAUAUUAAUAUACUUAAUAUAGUGCCUAAAUUUUUGUUGUUGUUCUGAAAUCUCUCUGUUAGUAGGACAUGACCUGAAUUCAUGUGAAUUCUUUAGUGGCUUAAAUUUUGUAGUAGGCAUUCAAUAGGUAUUGAUUUGAUUCUGUCCACCAGGGCCAGGUACUAUAGUAACUGGUCUGUCAUACAUACUUAUAAUAAAUUCAUAAAGAUUAGUCCCUCAGAUGAGAUUUUUACUUACCAGUAAAAAUUACCAGAGUGGUACUAUAGUAAAUUUUUCUCAUCAUGCGUUAUAUGUAAAAUAAAGGUUAAUAUUCUUAACUAAGAUUGACAAGUUUGUGAAAAACAACAGACAUGUUUAAUAACAAACAAAAGUCACCCUAGACUAGUUGAGAUACUCUUGGAUUUACAUGUAUAGCACAUUAUAAUUAUUAGUAAAAAGUAGUCUUAAGCAAGUGAAUAUUUAGUCUUUCUAAUGGAAUAUGAUCUUUUUAGAAUGUGCAUUCUGGAGAAAAUUUUCAGAAAUUCAAAAACAAUAAAAACUGAGGUACAAGAUAUAGUGACACAGGACACUAUCAAAACAGUUUUCUCUGACCACAGAAAUGACUCUCUGUGUAGAUGAAGAAUGGCUUGUGGAUCCCCAAUAAAACUGACAGCAAGAGGAUGCUGACCUCGAAAGUGCCAGUUUCAAAAGUGUUUGUAAAACCAACUGAAGAAUAUUAAGCUAGUUUGUAUUUUUAGAAGAGAUAGGUUCAAGGUCAGAAAAAAAGAUGGCAAGAAAAAGUCUAAACUGUAAAAAGAAGCAAUUAAAUGAAAAAUAUUGACAUGAUGGAACUAUAGUCUUUAAAUAAGCUGCAUGCAGUAAUUGGUAACUUUCUGAAGAAAUCCUCUAGAGUAAUAGAAAGAAAUUUCAAGCCAUGAUGAGUAUGGGAGAUACUUCAGUAAACAUGAAUGUGACUGGAGGGGUGGGGGACUUAAGAAAAACUAUCAUGUUUUUGAAAUUCAUGAUGCAAUCACACAUAGAAAGCAUCUAGUUGUGCUUGCUAUCCAUCAAGAAAUUAAUUAAGUGUCCACAAUAUGGUGAAAGGAAGUUGGUAGAAUUAAAAUUCAUAAACAUCUAGAAAGUGGUUCAGGAAAAAAUAUAACUUGGUUUAUAUUGUCUGCUCCUAGAACACUGAUCUUAGAGUAUGUACUACACAUUAAAGCUGUUGUUUUAAAACAAAGGGGGUUGGUAGAAGAUAGCUCAGAGGGUAAGAUGCCUGCUUCACAAGCCCAAAGACCUGAGUUCAAUUCUCAUUGCUUACAUAAGAAAAUGCUGGGCAUGGUAGUCAAGAAUAGCAUCCCUGAAGAUAGUACCCGAGUGCACAACACACACAUACAUACACACACACACACACACACACACACACACACACACACACAUGCAAAAGUUAAUUAAAGCAUUAAAAAAGACAAGGUAUUACUGUGAUUAUGUUUAAAUUCCAUUAGUUAGCCUUUACCCUUAGAAAUAACAGACAGAAAGUAGCAAUAGGUUUAAAGAAAGGAUUAUAAAUCAAGAGAAAUAAGGAAUGUGUGUUCAUUAUUAACCUUAAGGCUGAACUUAUGGUAGGCAAUGGUACUCCUCCAAAACAUCCCUUGCCUCUAUUGUCCAGUUCAGUAGUUUGGAUGAACAGAUAAGAUCCUUUGUUUAAUUCAAUCAAUAUUUCUGUGUUGAAUGUUUAGCUUUCCAAGUAAGGGGUCUUAAAUUAAUGAAAUUGAUGAGUUAGAAAAAUCUUAUUUCCUCUUUUUCUUGGUUACACAGAAUGACUACAUUUCCUAGCUUUCUUUGUAACUAUGUACACACGAAACUUCAGUGUAGAAAAUGUGAUGAAAGUGUUACAUAUUUUUAUAGUAAUGCAUUAAAAAUAGAAAUGUG